AUGUUUGGGAAAUUUUCAAGAAUAUUGUUUGGAGGAUUAUUUACGAUAUCGACCCUAGCUGUGGGGUCUCUAUACUUAUUUCAAAAUAAGUUGGUGUAUCCAUCUUGGGCACAGGGAGCUAGAAAUCAUGUAGAUACUCCAGAUAUACGGGGACUUCCCUAUAAACGUGUUAAACUGACAACUAGGGAUGGGUUGAAGCUUGAUGCUUUUGAUCUUCAAAAGGAAGAUUCUACAGCUACUGUUGUAAUACUAUGCCCUAAUGCAGGUAAUAUUGGUUAUUUUAUCCCAAUUAUGGAGAUGUUUUAUCGUCAGUUUAAUAUGAGUGUUUUUAUUUAUUCCUAUAGAGGUUAUGGUCUCUCUGAAGGGUCUCCUUCAGAAAUAGGAUUAAAGAUGGAUGCGGAUUGUGCGAUGUCAUACCUUGCUACUGAUGAGUUUCAUAAAAAGAGAAAAUUAGUAUUAUAUGGGCGUUCAAUUGGUGGAGCAAAUGUAAUAUAUAUUGCGUCGAAAUUUGGUAAGUUGAUUGAUGCGAUUAUUCUGGAAAAUACCUUUUUAAGCAUUACAAAAGUUAUACCGUAUAUUUUUCCUUAUUUAUCAAAAUUUGCAUUCUUAUGUCAUGAAGUAUGGAAUUCUGAGGAAGAAAUUCUUAAGGUUCCUCCUGAAAUACCGUUUUUGUUUCUAAGAGGUUUAAAAGAUGAGAUAGUUCCACCUCCUCAUAUGGCAAAAUUGUUUUCUCUAUGUCCUAGUAAAGAUAAGGAGAUGUUUGAAUUUCCUUUGGGUCACCACAAUGACACAAUUUUACAAGAUGGGUAUUGGAAUAUAAUUAGUGAAUUUUUGAUCAAACGAAAACUCAUUAGCAGCUGA